UCGUUUUGAUUUGUCCUACUGAACUUGGGCUGCGAGUUCUGAGGUUUCUAUCUUAUCUUUCCAGAACGGUCGUAUCCUCUUUUCGAAAAGAGCCAUGAAAGUGUCACUGAAGCUCGUUGUUGUUGCCCUUGUGGUUUGCGCUUGUGUGACCGAAUCAUUUGCGCAGAGAGGCAGAAAUUCGGAUGGCUCGGGCCAGUCUGGCAGACGGCGAGGAAUCCGGGGGCGUCAGCAGGGCAGACGACGAAAUUCCAACAGAGGCGGGUCAUCAUCUGCAGCAGUCGAAGAGUCACUUCCGCCUCAGCCCCCGCGGGAAAGCGGCAGGAGGCGCUCUGGAAACGUUUUGCCAGUGCCCGACGUUGGGGAGGAGGCACCCCAGGAGGGGCGUGGCAGAAGGAGAAAUGGGAGAGAGCGUCAGGAGGGCAGUAACUUUCUCCGUGGGGCUGUCCAGGGCCUGAAUCAGGGACUGAGGAGGUUCAGGGAGUGGCAGGGAACUAUGGCCGAGACACUGAACGGUGUGCUCACUCAGACCUUUGACAACAUACCUUUUGAAGCUAUUUCGGAUACCGCAUUCCGCGCAGCUGAGUACUUCACCGACGUAGCCAGUCGGCGAGUGCCGAGGUCAAUGUUCGUGGCCCUGCUCACAACGACCGCCGGCGGACCGGAAGACACACUCGCGGUCCUCAGGGGAGAUGCGGAACUCGCUCAGCCAAUCCUGAACCAGAUCGCUGAAAACUACAGAAACGUCGUCUCGAUGGCGGCCGAAGAGGCGGGGACGUUCUUGGACGUCGUUCUGGGGCCUGGAAGAGUAGCCCCUUCGACUGACGUCAUGCCAACGGAGACCUCAGAAGAAAAUCUCGUUUAGACAUGGUCGCCGGAGCAUUGAUGAAGAUAACAAAGAUCUAUCUUGUAACCGCUGUUUAUUAGAACACCCCACAACGUCUUUUAUGUUCAAUUUUAUUUACCCCCUUUUCUAUGACUGUCGUUCCAGGAUUUCAUGCUACUCGGUCCAAUUGUGAAAUAUCAUAUUACAAUAGCUUAUUUUUUAAAGUCUUUUUUGUUUUUUUGUUUAGCAUGCCAUUUACUGUGGAAUUUUUCUUUUUUUAAGUAUUCUUUUCAUUUAAGUUACAUACAAAAGAAGAAUGCUAUUUUCUGUUAAAUUCAAGUGAAUGUCCUCUCGGUUAAAUAUUUCGUGCAUUAAACUGGCAAGGUUAAAGUGCCGAGAAGGAAGUAUU